AAAUUUCGACUCAGUUUCCAAACGCGCGCCGCGUGGACUACACCGUUACAUCGCGUGCGUUCAAAAACCGUAACAAAAACAUAAAACGUACAGAAAUUUUAAUUUUUUGAUAAUUUGUACCAGUGGCUGUGAUAGUCUUAGUGAUAUUUUCAUUAGUUUCGCCUUUGUAUUUGCUGAUUGUCGCCGCAUUUGGUUAAAAGGACACAGAAAUGUUUAUAGACGAAAAUGAGACGCCGGAGUCAUGGUGGGUGUCGGCGGUGCUCAAGACGAUCCGCGCGGUGGCGCUAGUGUGCGACAUUAUCACCUUCCCUAUCCAUCUGCUGCUGCAGCGGCCCUGGAGGAAGCGCGCCCUCUCGCGCCGGAUCAAAGCCCGCAUAAUCCAGACCAGCGAGAACAGCGUGACGGUCCGGUCCGUGUCGUCGCCGUGCGAGCUGCACGCGCGCCUGGUCCGCGACGGCGUCACCACCAUGGAGGCCAUGCUGCGCGCCGCGGCUGCGCGCUGGAACACGCGCCCGUGUCUGGGCACCAGGACUGUGUUGGGGGAGGAAGAUGAGCCACAGCCUAACGGACGUGUCUUUAAAAAGUUCAACAUGGGCGAUUACGUGUGGCGGUCGUACGCGGAGGUGGAGCGCACGGCGCGGCAGUUCGCGGGCGGAGUGCGUGAGCUGGGCUGCGCGCCGCGGCGCAAUGUGGUCGUGUUCGCGGAGACGCGCGCCGAGUGGAUGCUGGUUGCGCACGGGCUCUUCAAGCAGAGCAUUCCGGUGGUAACAAUCUACGCGACGCUGGGCGACGACGCGAUCGCGCACGGCAUCAACGAGACGGAAGUGUCCACCGUCAUCACCACGCACGACCUGCUGCCCAAGUUUAAGAAGAUCCUCUCGAAGACGCCCAAGGUGGACACCAUCAUCUUCAUGGAGGACCAGCUCAAGAAGACCGACAGGGAGGGCUACAAGCCCGGCAUCAGGAUCGUCGCGUACAAGGAAGUUUUGGAGCUUGGAAAGCAUUCAAAGAUUGAGUGUGUCCCCCCUCGGCCCGAAGACACAGCCAUCAUCAUGUACACGUCGGGCUCCACCGGCGUCCCCAAGGGCGUCAUCCUGUCUCACCGCAACAUGGUGUCCACCCUCAAGUCCUUCGCCGACGCGGCGCCUAUCUACGAGGAAGAUACGCUGAUGGGUUUCCUACCGCUGGCCCAUGUGUUUGAACUGUUAGCUGAAAGUCUCUGCAUUAUUGGAGGAGUGCCGAUCGGCUACUCCACUCCACUCACGAUGCUGGACUCGUCCAGUAAGAUCAUGAAGGGCACCAAGGGCGACGCGACUAUCUUGAGACCCACCUGCAUCACAACUGUGCCCUUGAUCAUGGACCGUAUCAGCAAAGGCAUAACAGACAAAGUGUCUCGUAGCGGAGAAUUCGCCAGCGCCUUCUUCAAGUGGGCCUACACGUACAAGCAGAGCUGGAUGAGGCGCGGGUACGACACGCCUGUGCUGAAUAUCAUUGUGUUCAACAAGAUCCGCGGGCUGCUGGGCGGGCGGCUGCGGCUGAUGCUGUCGGGCGGCGCGCCGCUGUCUCCGGACACGCACGCGCAGGUGCGCAUCUGUCUGUGCUGCGACGUCGUCACCGGCUACGGGCUCACGGAGACCACCUCCUGCGCCACUGUCAUGGACGCGCACGACAGAUCGACAGGGCGUGUGGGCGCCCCAACCACCGGCACCGACAUCAGGCUGGUGAACUGGGAGGAGGGCAACUACCGCGUCACAAACAAGCCCUUCCCGCAGGGCGAGAUCGUGAUCGGCGGCGACUCGGUGGCGGAGGGCUACUACCGCAACCCGGAGAAGACGCGCGAGGAGUUCGUGGACGAGGACGGCCGCCGCUGGUUCCGCUCCGGGGACAUCGGGGAGCUGCACCACGACGGCUGCAUCAAGAUCAUUGACCGCAAGAAGGACUUGGUGAAGCUUCAGGCGGGCGAGUACGUGUCCCUGGGCAAAGUGGAGGCGGAGCUGAAGACCUGCCCCAUCGUGGAGAACAUAUGCGUCUACGGCGACAGCUUAAAGACAUACACGGUGGCGCUGGUGGUGCCGCACCCGCAGCACCUGGCGGAGCUGGCGGCGCGGCUGGGGCUGGGGUUGGAGUCCGCGGACUUCGAGUCGCUGUGCGCGGACCCGCAGCUGGAGAAGGCCGUCGUCAAGGAGCUGGCGGACCACGCCAAGAAAUGCGGGCUGGAGCGGUUCGAAGUGCCGGCGGCGGUGAAGCUGUGCACGGAGGUGUGGUCGCCGGACAUGGGGCUGGUGACGGCCGCCUUCAAGAUCAAGCGGAAAGACAUCCAGGAGCGCUACAAGGAGGACAUCAAGCGCAUGUACGCCUCGUGAGCGCCUGUCCCCGCCUCGGCCUCGGUCUCGGUACAUACACAACGAGCCUCAUUUUCAUUACCAUACUAGCGACUGGCGACGAUGACAACAAUUAUGAAGUUUAAUCGUAAAAUUCGUGUUUCCGAUGAAAUUUUGACGUCGUGAGAUUUCCACGGCGCUGGUCUUGUAAUGAAUAGGCUUAAAUCGCGAUGUUACGUCAUAGACGAAGUCUUACUAUAUGUUAAAAAAACGCAUUAAAUAUAGUAAAUAAUAAUUUUAUAUGCAAAAAAAAGUAAUCUUUCCACGGCGAUAUUUAAAAAUCAUUUAAAUAUCUAAUAUUUAAUUUAUAUUGCGAGUAUGGUAUGUCUUCGUCUUUACUGUCCUAAUUGUAUAGUAAGGAACGUAACGCACAUAAAAUUCCAUGUACAGUCGACGUCAAAUAUGCAAUUAGAACCCAACAUUUUGAUUAUCGAGCGUCUUACAGCAAAAUAUAAAUAUUUAUCAUACUAAAUCUAUGCUAACAAGACUUCGCCUAUAAAAAUCGAUUUCAAAAUAUGAAUUUUAACAAAAACUAUUAAAAGAUCACAAAUACGUCUUAAGAUAAUAAUUUUGUCAUUGACUGUACAUUACCUGCUGGUCAGGUUUACCGAUAUCUACAUUUUCGGCCGAGAAAUGUACGCGAUCCGCGUGCGUGUUGCGUUAAAUCCUUAGUAUGAUUGUAACCAGGCCUGGAUUCUAAUAUGGUCAUUGAAUUUUAAUUGCAGUCUAAUUUUAUAGCAGGCAAAAUAGAUUUUGCACGAUUUUUCUUGUAUUCCCGAAAAUACGGUGACCAUGAUAGAUGCGGGGUGCGACUUGUACUUGUAGAUUUAUUAUGCCAAAUUGAAAAUUAUUACUUACUACCCGCGAUGGCGUCCUCGUGUCGUAAGUUUGUAAAUAUUUAUUUCUUUUUAAAUAUAAUUAAUUUUCCUGUGAAAUUAUGUGUGCAAAUGGGCGACGGAUGCGUGUUGUAAAAAGUACAGCGGGUUAUAUAAUUUUGUCGAUUAAAUCGUUAGAUUUCAUUAUAUGUAUGUAUAAUGUAUGUAGAAUUCAUUAAUUUAUAGAUCUGAAGAAUGGUUUCGAUUGAUAAAUGUAGGGUGACUGGGUCGUGCGCGCGCGCAUUGUAGAUAUGUUGGCCUAGUGACUAGUCCUCAUUGUAGCUAUACUCUUCUUAUAUAUUUAUAUGUUUUUAACUAUACUAACUGCCAAAUAGCAACAAAAGUAAUAUUGAACUAUAUAAACUUGUAUCUUUAAAUUUUGAUGAAGGCAUUACCUACCAACAUGGUAGAAAAAAUGUGAGCGACAAGGAUAGUAGAUCAGUUGACGUCAUAUUUGGCAGUUGUUAUAUGUUAUUUACAUAAUUUGAAAGCUUUGUAAGAAAAGUUACGUUUUGUAAGAAAAAUAUAUUUUUCUGACCUUCCAAACGUACUUAUGGAAAUGGAUGCGCUGUAAACAUAUAAAUACAUAGGAAGAGUUAGAUGUCUAUCCCACGGAACAAGAAAUUCUCGGUUCAUGCGCAGAUUGUCAUUUUAUUUUAUAUUAUGUCAUGUAAAGAGAUUACAUUAUACACGCCCGUUUAAUCAAUAUAUAUUAUCUUCACGUUAUGAGAAUAUUAUUAACUGUGAAGCGGGUAUGUAAAAAAGUAUUUUGAGUUUGGGAUUCCGAAUGACAAUCGGCGCGUGAUCACAUUUCUAUGUACAAUUUAUGUAAAUUAAAAGACAGUUCCUUGUUGUGGGCAAAUUAAUGCAAGCUAUUUAGACUAAGUUAAUUGUUUUAGUACUUAGGGGAUGGGGGUCACAAUAAUAAUUCGCAAUAAUGUUACGUUGUCAUCGAUUUUCUUAGUGUCGCAGAGACCUGUGUUGCAUAAUCGUUAGCUAAAUUUAUUUAUUAACGUAAAUCCGGGCUUUAUAAGGCUGUAGUAUAUUUGCACAAAAUAGGAACCUUAUGCCUAAUUUAUUAAGGUUUAAAAUGAAUUGAAUAUUCCUACCGCCUUGUAAAGAAAUGAAAUAAAUGAAGAGCAAUCGAAGCUCCCAAGUGGCGCGUUGCUCGAAUGCGAAUAAAUUGUUGAUUAGUUUUAUUUUUAAAUCGCGAUUAUGUUGAUAGGAUAUCAAACCGUGCGACUAGUCAGAAAUACUUCGAAUUUUCUCAGCAUUUGAUUGUUACUUCGUGCAUUUACUCCUGUACCAACUCCCGUAUGUGCUAUAUGACGGCACAUUCGUGCGAUACACCUCGGGCGGGUAAUAAUGGUUUAAAAAAUAAAUUCUAAUAUGGCUGACUGACAGCUGAAUCUUCAAAUUUUUAUUUUUAUUCUGUAUCGCACACGAUAUUGGUAACCAUUUACCAGGACGGGAUCCCUAUUGUAUUUAAUAUAUUAUGCAUGUUACUGUAUGUAGCAACAUACAUAUUUUUCGAUGUAACCAUUUUGAAAUUAAUCGAAGUAAAUGUAUGUAAUAAUGUUGUUAGUAGGAGUUAUUUGCUCAUUUCAUUACGUCAACGUACUUUGAAAAUGAAAUUCUUCAUUAUUAAACCGAAAACCAUUUUUGUAUUAUUUAUUCAAUAAAUGUUAAUAAAAUCAUUACUUCAA